CGGAGUAUUAAUACGAUAAUUUCGUUUCUCCGAACAGCAUAAUAAACAGUAAAUACUAAAUAGUCUACGCUGUGAAGUCCUCGUGGCACCAUCAACGGUAACGUCGGACAUACUAUCAUACUAUAAGCGCUAACUAUUAAUUAAUAAUAAUAACACAAUAAGUAACACGAUGGAACAGUGGAAAGGCAAGGUGGCGAUAGUUACUGGCGCCAGUGCAGGAAUCGGGGCGUCGAUCGUGGUCAAGUUGGUGCAGAAUGGCGUGCACGUCGUGGCGCUUGCCAGGAGAGAAGACAUACUCAAGGAAUUAGCCGAAUCUUUAAAUGAUAAAGACUAUGGAACUAUUCAUACAAAGGUAUGUGAUGUUACCAAUGAACAAGCUGUAAAAGAUGUUUUUUCGUGGGUAGAUUCAACACUAGGAGGUCCCAGUAUUUUAAUUAACAAUGCUGGAGUUGCGAAAGUAUCGAGCCUUUUAAACGGGAAAUUAAAAGAUUGGCAAGAAACAUUUAAUCUCAAUGUUCUGGCACUGAGUGUUUGUUCAAGAGAAGCUUACAAAUCAAUGACGAAAAAUAAAAUUGAUGGUCACAUCAUUCAUAUAAAUAGUAUCGCCGGUCAUGGCUUAACUCCAUAUUUUGGGUUCAAAAUGUAUAACGCUUCAAAGAAUGCAGUCACGGUACUGUGCGAUGGACUUCGACACGAAUUACAAUUAGUGGGAUCCAAAAUCAAAGUUUCGAGUAUUAGCCCGGGACCAGUGGCUACAGACAUGUUAGCAGGAGUCAACAAAAUCUUAACAGACCGGUCUAUGGAGGAUUUAAAAUUUCUCCAUGUAGAUGAUGUCGCGAAUGCCGUAAUCACAUCUUUGUCAACUCCACCAAAUGUGCUUAUAGCUGAAAUGACUGUCAUACCAACUGGAUCAUUAAUAAAAACUCAUUUACAACCGAGUUCUCGAGUCGUGGAAAAUGCAUUGAACUUAUAAGUUAUUACUUAUUAUGAUUCAUUAUGCUAAUAUUUGAUUAUUUGAUUCAUGUUAUUAAAAAUAAAAAUAUUGAUUGUAAACUACUUAAAUGAUUCA